UUGGGUCAUGAGUUAGUGUUCGAGUGGAUUAUGCUUUCCCUUUGCCAACCGUGCUCCGUUUGUUUUUACAUGGAUUACCGAGUCAUUUGGAUUUCGUCCUAUUCUGGACUGUGACGUUCUUCGAAGAACAUCUCGUAGUUACUUUCAUAACAGACCUGAUGGAGGACAGUCAAGAGCUGGAAAUACUUUCACAGACUAAGAUGAAUUUCACACAGAAAAAGAGAGCAGAAACCAAAAUGUCUUUCACCUGCGGUCAGUGUGGAAAGAGUUUUGUACAUAAAAGAAACCUUCAGGAACACAUGAGAAUCCACACUGGACAGAAACCUUUCACAUGUGAUCAGUGUGGAAAGAGUUUCACACAAAAAGGAAACUUUAAGAGUCACAUGAGAGUUCACACUGGAGAGAAACCACACUCAUGUGAUCAGUGUGACAAGAGUUUCAGACAAAAAGUAGCCCUUAAGAACCACAUGAGAAUCCACACUGGAGAGAAGCCGUACACGUGCCAUCAGUGUGGAAAGAGUUUCAGAUGUCAAGUAAGUCUUACAAAUCACAUGAGAAUUCAUACUGGAGAGAAACCGUACACUUGCUAUCUCUGUGGAAAGAGUUUCAAAUGGUCACCAAGUCUCCACGAUCAUCUACUCUCUCACACCGGAGAAAGACCAUUUCACUGCGAUCAGUGUGGUAAAAAUUUUAUUGUGAAAUCAGCCCUGAAGGUCCACCUGAAAAUUCAUGCAAAGGAGAAGCAUCACUUCUGUUCUGAUUGUGGAAAAGGUUUUUUACGGCUGAACAAUUUAAAAAUGCACCAGAAAAUACACACCGGUGUGAAGGAUCAUGUGUGCUUUGAGUGUGGGAAGGCUUUUAUUCGAGUCUGCCGAUUGAAAGAGCACCAGAGAAUCCACACUGGAGAAAAACCCUACAAGUGUUCACACUGUGACAAGAGAUUCACUCAGUCGAAACAACUGAAAACACAUGAGAAGAUCCACACUGUAGAGAAGCCGCAUCACUACUGAAACGCAUGAAAAAGCAUCAUCUAUUCUAGAGUUGUCAAAAUGAGUUCUUCUUCAGGUCAGGUUAACCCUGUACUGUUGUCUAGUGCAUAUGCCCACCUAUCUUUCUAAGGAUUUUGCAUAUGCGCACUUAAAAUGAGUAAUGAUAUAUAUCAUAGGGCCCAGGAACAAGGAUUAUGCUUUUGACCCAUAACCUUUCAAUUUACUGAUGUGAUGCAGCAGAACUGUUGAGUGAAUUGAUUUGUUUUUUGUAAAGUGUACAGAGAUCCCCUGUAGACAUGCAUGGAGAGGCGAAGCGAUGAACUUAAUGCACCGCAAGAUAGACAGUCCUACUAACCUAAGCAACCUCUCAGAACUUUUGUUUCAGCCUAUAUGGGAUAUUUACUAACCAAUCAUACAUUCUGUUUGAGUAAGGGGUGGGACUUUCAGUGAUAGUCAUAGGGCUGGGCGAUAAAACGCUCGAUAUUUACUGCAUGUCGCUAAAACACAAGCAGUUCGGCUUUGUCAGGCUGCAUUUCCACUGGGGUGGAUGAAAUCCACUCAAAGGCUCACAGUGCUUGGAGAGACCUUCCGCUGCUAAUCCUACGAUCCACCUUGUGAGCAUGACGCUCAGCUUUCAUAGGAAUGAAUUGAAACACAUCAGUGGUAACGUGGGGUCAGACUGGAUGAACUUGCUAAUGCUAGCUGCCUUGCUAACGAUUAGGCUACAUCAGACACCUGAUUGAUUCCAUCCGCACCGCAAGACUUCAUGACAACGGUUGCGUCCUUUCAUCAUCUCUAGUGAAGAGCGCGACAGAACAACAGUGAUGUGGACAACAGCUCUGAUCUUUCUGCGCUGUAAUCUUGAAUAUUGUUCUCUAGCACCAAACAUGCAUCAUUUCUGCCCUGUCCCGCUCCGCACGCGUCGCCUCUUUUCCCUGCAUGUGUGUAGACAUGAAGCGCUGCACGAGUUAACGUGCUUUCAAAGAACCUUUUAGACCAAAACGUUUUUCACUUCUAAAUGUGUCUUUUAUUAAUCAGCAUGUUACGAGCCUUUAAUAAUAAACAAAUCCAAUAAACAAUCUCUGGACCCCCUGUGCAGUUUUGUAGAGACUAUUUUGACUAUUUAGAGUUUAUUUUUUCUCCUUUUCUUCCGUCAACUUUGAAAUAAAAAAAAGAAAGUGCAAUGUGUAAAUGUAUAUUGUGAUAAAUAUCGAUAUCGAACAAUAUGAAAAAGAUUAUCGUGAUAACAAUUUGGCCAUAUCGCCCAGCCCUAGAUAGUCAUAAUUUGCGCUGUAAAUGUACUUUGUGUGAAAAUAUGUAUGCAUUUAAAUACAUCUUAUGCUAUUCAACUUUGUGAAAGUACUGACUUCACCCAUGCUAGAUUUGAUGAUCCUCGCAGUCAGAUGCUGGCCAAGUUAUCUGAGGGCGUACUCACACUAGGCCUGGUUGCCUUGCCCAAGCACGAUUGUCCCACUCACAUAGCACUUAACGUUCCUGGCCUGAGCAUGCUUGCGUCGUUACGAUGCAAGUUUUUGUUUUGAAGAAAAUAGGAAGAGAAGCGCUAGCACACAGCACAGUGGAUUCCAUCGUUGUAACGUUACUUACUCUGUGGCUUAUUUUGAGUCAUGGUGUCCCUGAGCCAACUGAACCAUGCCAGAGCCCACCUCUUCAAGCAGGUCAAGGCACUGUUCAGCGUACCGUGCCCAGGCAGGAUAUGGAGCGAUCACACCAGUCAAAUGAACUGGACUUUUGGGGCAUGGUACAGAUUGCCUAGUGUGAGUACACCCUGAGUCCAGUAAUUUUGGCAAAUACCAUUUUUAUCUGACUUUUACUUCUGUCAGUGUAGCCUUUUUUCACAUGAGAUCAAAUGAAUUACAUUUAUAUUUAUGCAUUUGGCAGACGCUUUUUUCCAAAGUGACUUACAGAGCCCUUAUUACAGGGACAAUCCCCCUGGAGCAACCUGGAGUUAAGUGCCUUGCUCAAGGACACAAUGGUGGUGGCUGUGGGGAUCGAACCAGCAACCUUCUGAUUACUAGAUUACCAGUUAUGUGCUUAGACCACUACACCACCACCAUCAUAUUUCUUAUUAAGAAAGCCAUUUAACAGAGAUGACAAAAGAUCCCUUCUAAAAAAAUACCGUAUUCGGCCCGCCCCUUUUCAGCGCUUCCGUGUUUUGUCUCUUAACUUCUGGUUUGCAUUGAAGCUACUGAGGAGAGUCAAAGAAAGUAUGUUUCGAGUCUACUCCAUCCCUUUACCACGUUAAAAUGUGUGUGAGGUGUUUAGCUGUCUCUGUAAAAGAUGAUUGAUCCGAGGUAAAUUGGACCUGGCAGAUCACAUUCAGACAGCUACACACUGCACUUUUAUGAUACGAGCGAUAUUGUUAUACGUGUAAUGCUGCUUUACUUUUAGGUUUCAACUUGUUAAUCAUUUGUUAAUGUGUAGUUGACAUGGAAUUUCAAACAGCGAAAGCGCAUAUCAUUUCACAUGCAAGUUCAUAAUAUUAAUGCAAGUUACAUUUGUAGUUUUAAAAUUUAUUUGUCACUCCACAAUUAUCUGAAAUUCGAUUAAAUCUGAUUUAAAAGGCUUAAAUUACAUUUAAACAGAAAAUAAAAUAAUGUGUACACUUUUUCUGUGUGUGCGCUCGCGCGCGUGUGUAUAGUUUCAUGAGCACAGAUGCACAUCAGUACGUCCACAGCGUGAAGGAUCUUGUGUAUUUAUGAAUGAAGUACUCUGGUUUUAAAAUCUCCCCACUCAGCUUCCAGUUAAUAUGACAUCCCCUGAACACUUUCAAAUACACAUGAUAACUUUUGGCAAAUCUAUAUUCUGUAAAUCCACUUCGCUAGCCAAUUACACUGACAUCAACACCAUAGACAUCUUUAUGGAAUCUGCUAAACCGGAAGUUCAAAGAAUAGUGUUUUUUGUUGUUAUGAUAGACGGAACGAGUGUUUUGGGUGUUGGAAACUUUUACAGUGUGGAUGUAAAUCCGGUUUUUGUUCACGCCAGUAUUUCUACUGUAUGAAAUGUUCACAAAAAAAGAUGGGAUGUGUGCUGUUUGUUGUUUACAAAUUGAGCAUUAAUGUAAUUUAUUUGUCAUAUAACAAAGGCUACUAAUGGGUACGUUUUUUUUUUCUUAUUAAUUGAAUGUGCUGUUUCGUUCAUUUAAUAUGUUGUAAUGUGAUCUUUAUAGUUAAUUUGUUAACUGUAUAAAUUAAAAAUAAAUACUGAAUGUUUAAAUUUAGGCGUAGAGGCAGAUAUACACGAAUUAAAAUGCUCCACGUUAAAAACAUUUUUAGUACUUUUGGAUGUUGUAUUUGCAUUUGUGAGUUAAAGACAAUAUGAGAAGAAAUAAAAUUAUAAAUGUUAAAGAAAACGCUGCCGUCACAAAAUAGUUCACACGACUAAUGGCUGCCACUUUGUUUUAAGAGGUAAAUAUUCACGAUUUAAAUAUUUUGUAGUUUAGUUAUUAACAGUAUGAGGAACAUCGUUUGAUAUAAAGCCUGUUAGAUUUAUUUCGUGUGGAUUAAAUAAAAGUAUUGAUGAUGUUUCAGUCACUGUCUGUUCAUCACCAGUAGGUGUCGCUGUUCAUGUACUUUUUCCAUUUAUAAUUCACGACUAUGAAUGAAUACAAGCGUCCUGUUGACUGUAUACUGACUAUUUGUUUCUAAAGAGUUGAUAUGACUUGUUUCAUGAACAAUUUUUUUAGAAAAUAAUUGAACAUUUAAUUUCCACAGAAUACAGUCAGAUCUCUUCUAAUUAUUCUGAAAGUCGUGUUUCAUUAGUGUCAAGACUAACAGAAAUAAAAGGCCCAUCAGGCUGAAAAGACUCUUUAUUUCAUGUCAAUAGUUCACUGUUUUCACCUAAUUCAUCAUGGUAAUGUGUUGAGAUCUCCUGUAAAUUGUCACAGAAACACAUUUCAUUUGUGCGAAUAGACUGAGAUAAAAUACAGCUUCACAAAUUUUGAUAUCUAGGAGGUAUAUGUAUAUUUGUACGUUUUAUGUGUCCGUACAUUUUUCUUCUAUUUAUUCCCUUACAAAAACGUAUUAAAAUAUAGUUAUAACUAUUUAUUCAGCCCUAAAAGUAUAAUAUUUAUUUGUAAAGUAAUUAUAAUACAGUGUUUUUACAAUAAAAUCAGAGGAACCCCAUACAGACUGAUAAAUCAUCUACACUGUCACUCUGGAGAAAAGCCAAUAAAACUGAGACAUUUUAAUGUGAUAUGAGACUUGAGGAAACAUCUGGAAGGAGAAACCCUUUGUGUGUUCUGUGGAAAGUGUUUUACACGGCUGGACAGUUUGAAAGUGCACCAGAAAAUACACACUGAUGAGAAGGAUCAUGUGUGCCUUGAGUG